GCCGCGGCUCCGCCCGCGGGGCGGGGCGGGCGCUGCCCUGGCAGCCGCCGGGACGCCGAGCGCGGCCGGUGGUGCGGGGCGGCAGUGCUGCCGCCAUGCUGGGCGACGCGGCCCCGUUCCUCCGCCCGCAGGGACGGCCCGGGCCCGAGCGCCCGCCCGGCCGCCCCCCGCGGCGGGAGCAGCGCGCGCAGCCGGUGGCCGCCGGCGCCGCUCGCUCCUUAGCGGCGGCGCCCGAGGAGCGGCGGCAGCAGCAGCGGCGGCGGAGGGUGGCCCCGCUGGCGGCGGCCCCGCCGGCCGAGGCGGGAGAGGAGCCGCUCCUCAGGGGCAUCUUCGAGAUCAGCAAGAGGAGCUGCGACGUGGUGCUGAGCGCCCGGCGGCUCCGCUGGAGCCCCAUCCUGCCCGAGAGCCCCACAGGUGAUUCCAGUAUGGUUUUACAGGCUCAUGAGGAGAUUAUUGAAAUGAAAGAUGUAUUUUCAGUAAAAUUGAAACGCCGUCGUUUUGUAGGGCAGAAGAAAGGUGGUACUUUGCUGGGUAUCACAAUUUUUAAAUGCGUGAAUAAAGAAGAGAAUAAACUAACAGACUGUGCUAUCCAUUUAAAUAACUUAAGUGAAGAUCAUUGUCAUUCAUGGUUUAGACAUCUAAAGGAAAUUUUGAAUGGCUUUCAAAAUAGACCAAAAUCCUUAAAAGUGUUUGUUAAUCCAAGCAGCCACAAAAGAGAAGCCACUCAUGUUUAUUAUGACCAAGUUGCACCUCUUUUUAAGCUUGCUAACAUCAGAACUGAUGUCACAGUAACUGAAUAUGAAGGACACGCUCUCUCAGUACUUAAAGAAUGUGAACUCCAGGCAUUUGAUGGGGUAGUUUGUGUUGGUGGAGAUGGAUCUGUCAGUGAAGUUGCUCAUGGUCUGCUACUUAAAGCCCAGAUAGAUGCUGGAAAAGAUACGAACUAUAUAGCAACGCCUGUCAGAGCACCAGUUCCUCUUGGAGUAAUACCAGCAGGUACUACUAAUAUUUUGGCCCAUACUCUCUGUGGUAUUAAGCAUGCGGUGACUGCAGCUUUGCACAUUGUAAUGGGACAUAUUCAACCAGUAGAUGUCUGUACGUUCAGUACUCCAAGCAAGCUGUUGCGGUUUGGGUUCUCAGCCAUGUUUGGUUUUGGUGCAAGGACUCUAGCUUUGGCUGAAAAACAUCGUUGGAUGCCCUCCAGUCAGCGGAAGGAUUUUGCUUUCAUCAAAACACUAGCAGAUCUCAAGCCAGAGGAAUGUGAAUUAUCAUUUCUACCUCUGCAAAUUCCACAGGAAGACUCUCAUGAGAAUGACAGAAAGAAGAAAGAGAAAAUAAAAAAAAAUGGUAGCAAGGAUCAAUGGCACCAAAUUCAGGGUCACUUCCUGAAUGUGAGCAUUAUGGCAAUCCCUUGUCUGUGUUCAAUGGCACCAAGAGGCUUGGCACCUAAUACGAGCUUCUACAUGUAGGGUUUUGGGAGACAAAUGAGUAUGUAAUCUGGUUGUUGACACUGACUCAUUUUGUCUUUAGCUCAUUGUCAAAAGCAUGCUUUGUGGUGAUCAAAACAGUUACCAGGUGAUAAAUAUUUGUACUUGAUGUAUCCAGUUGACAAUUAAACAGACUAGCAACUCGUGUAUAUAUAUGUGUGUGUGUUUGUGAUUGUUGUUGUCUGUUAAAAAAGUAACCACCACCACCACUCAGGGAAGUUUAUGGAAUGAGUCUUUUUUUGUUUCAUUUGAUUAUCAUUAGGCGAAAAUAGAUGCGCCUUUGAAUUGAUCAGGUAUAUUUCUUCAAAAUUACUGGCUGAUCUCUUGGAAACAACAUAGAAACCAGUGUUUUUGAUGAAACUUAUUGAGCUGUAUGUGUAUGUAUGAGAAGGUUUCUUUACUACAGAGGUCCUGCUAAGCCUCAUAUACGUCCAGAUAGUGCCCUGAUGCUGUCCCCUCUUAGGAACUUUGUUCAGUAUUUACUGUGUUAUAUAUCAGUCAGUAGAAAAAUUCUGACAAGAAUUGAAGAAAUUAUUAUUUUUUAGCUUUGCUUUCUCUUUUCAUCUGUUCUGGCACCUGUUUCUUAGCGACAGGGAAUUUUAUGACAACUCCAUGCAGUUACUGUAGGUUUGAAGGAGCCUGUUUAUCUCACAGUGUAGUUUGCUCAGUGGAUCCUCCUAUCCUUUCAUAUAAGGACAUCCUUUUUUUCCCCUCCUUUCUUUUUAAAAACAAUCUUAGGAGUGCAGGCAGCCAGCAGGGUAGGAAGAGUAGGCUCUUCAGACAGGUGCUUCAUUUCCCAUAGCAAAUAGCAUCUUGACUGUAAGGCUUUUCAACAUGGGAAACAUAAAAGUUGCACUAAUUGCUAGAUACUCAAGACCCAUUAUGGUCUUAACAGCUAAAGUCAUCGAUGCUUCUUCACUCUGUCCUAUGUUCCUCAAGAGUUUUGCGCCAUGUGUAGAUGUUUGAAGUGGAAUGAAAGCUUUGAGUGGUGCCUGUAACUCUAGUUAUACUAGUCUAAACUCACAGAAACCUGCUAAGGCAUGUUUAACUGUCUGUGCUGUGUGAGCCAUGUGGGACGUUUGUUUCUCACAGCAUAAGUGAUGCCCUUCUCAGAAGAUUGGAUUUUCAAGAGAGUUAAUGAAAAUUUUUAGUCAUCUCUAAAGAUAAAAGGCUGUAUUGCCAAAUGCAUUGUCCAGUAGCCUGCUGUGCCCUUUUUUUCGCAGCAAAUACAAUAAAGAGGCAAAUUUUUCAAUUUUACCAUCACUGUUUUCUAAAUCAGCAAAAUAAUGCUAUGCCAGGUGGCUUGUUUCAUGGUUAUGUAAAAAUUAUCUUUCUAUAUUGUGCUGUAUCAUAGCCUGAGAACAUUCCUGAUGCAGUUAGAGAACUAUUAGUGGGGAGAGAUCGGUGGUGGUAGGCUGGAAGUAUUUUUUUUAAAAAAAACAUUCUUAACACAUUUUCCAAGCAUACAUGCUGAAUAAAUAAAUACAUGUGUAUAUGCAUAUAUAGUCAGAAGAUAUGAAAUACAACAUCUCUGUACAGAAUACAAUCUCAGCAGUGAUUGUCACGUUCAUCAGAUACUCCUGUUGAAUGUUGAUUUGCCCCUAUAACUUAAAGGGGACUCGGGCAUGAUUGCAUUGAGAUUCACGUUCUUAGCUUCUGUGACAAGCUACAGUUCCAUUAAGGAACCUGUGAACUGAUACUAGCUCAUUGUCUGACCCAAGUUCUCAAAGAUAUUAAAGUACCAAUGGCAACUGGAUACCUAGGGCCACUAAUAUUGGCACUGCAGGGUCUUGAUUAAUCUUUAGUAUAUGACUGUUUUAUCUUGUACAAAAUUCCCUUCUCUUUUAACUUUUAUGUGCUUUGUGAAAUGCUUAAGUACAACUGUACUGAGAACUGCUGAGAGAGUUUGAAUCAUAGCAUAGUUGAAGAUCAGGGCCUUUGUUGGGGCAGUGUGUUGAUGGGAGGAGUUGGGCGGACCUGUCUGUGCUGGGUUGUACGGUGGGGAUGUGCUUGCAGGCGUCAUGGGGAUGGUUUCUGGGUAAAGCUCUGCCUCACCACAUUUAUGGCUACCAUUAUACUUUGCUGGAGAGAAAAGUGCAAAGAUAAAUAUGGGAUCCCCAAUGUUUAAAAAACAUCUGUUAAGUACAAAAGCAGGUGUUGGGUUUUUUUUUAAAUUGUGUGUAUUAUGUUCAAUAAAUUAUGGAUAUUGAUAAGAGAGUAAAAUUUUAUUAUUACAGUGUAGUUAUAAACAUAUCGAUGCUAAAUAAAUUCAGUUUCAUACUUUAUAUUGAUCUACGGGGUGUUGGCAAAAAGACUUAAAAAACAUUAGGACUAUUUUAUUAAUUUACUCUUGCUAGUUUUUUGUUUUGAUUUAGACUAUUAAAGAGCCUGUUAAAUUUACAGAUUAAUUGAUUUUCUUUUGGCAACUAAAUUGGUCUGCUUUUCAGGUUGAAUAAUGGAAGCAUGGCUCUUAUUGUUGUACAAAAUACUUCUCGAACAGAGUUUAUAAAACAUCUGAAAAGAUAUGCCAGCGUAAAAAAUCAGGUACUGUUAAUUUCUUUCUGGUGAUUAUAAAAAGAACAGUUAAUUGUGAAGGCAGACAUGCUGCAAGAGUUAAUGUUAGCAUCCUCAUAAGGAGACUUAGCUUCCUGUCAGAAUACAUUAGCCCCCUUUUUAUCUGAUUUUUUUUUUUUUUAAAUCACUAGACUAAUACCGAUUAGCCUAUUUCAGCCCAUCUGUUGUGGUUUAAAUUGUAUUUGUGUUGUACCAUAAUUUUACGGGUGUAAAACCCCUUUCACCAUAAUAAAGGAAAUGCACACUGUGUGUAAAUUUUGUGUAGUACAGAGAUCCAGAACGCAGCCUCGGGGGGCAUCAUGCAGCUCUGUCAGAAAUAGGUAAAGUUCAUAAUUUCAGCAAUCACUGUGUGCUGUGCUGGCAGCAGUGGAUCAUGACCACUGGUUUUUCGCAGGUAUGCAUUCCAUGUAGUUAAUGAAUGUUUGCAGAACGGCAUUUCAAAAUUGUGGUCAUUAUUCUGUCUUUGAAGAAAGAAAUGAAACAUCCAAACACAGUGCCUUAUUGCUGUCCUAGAGACCUGAUGCGUAGCCUAAGCACACUGGUACUCAUUCAAAUGUUUCGGGAUUAUCCCUUUUACAAGAAGGCUUAGGUUUGAAUUCAUCAACAGUCAGGGAGUUUGGGGGAGAGGUGGAUGACAAUUCCAUGUGACAGUACUAACAGCUGCAUUUAGGAAAUAGUUUACGCUUUCCAGUCAGGCUUUUGGAGGGAGGCUUUGCUUUUCUCUCUGCUUUUGUAACUAGAAAUUAGACAAGUGGAUGUGGACCCUCCUUUAAACUCAAGAUGACCAUUUACUAGAAUUCUAACUAGCCUUGUUUAGGACAGGAUUAGUGGUAAUGAUGAACAGAGCGCAGGAAAAAUCCAUUUGGACUUUCACAUAUUCUGCAAGCAUGUGCCAUUUUGGUCUGUGCAAAAUAUACCACCUCACCUGUAUAUUGGGCAAGUCCGAUAACGGGAACGCAAAUGGAAAACUACCCUUCUUUCUGAAGGACUAUUUAAGAUAAAAAUAGCAUGUUAAUCUAUAAAUGCUAGCUGGAAUAUAUUAUGCCUCAUGUGGUCAAAGCUUGAGUUAAGUGUUCCCAUUUACUUAAGACAAAAAAAAGGCAAGCUUUCAAGUAAUCCCGUCCGUUGCUAAGCUACCACCUGUAUCUUUCAUCUUCAUUUAAUACAUGCCUGUGUUUGGUUUAGUUCAAUUUUCCCUUUGUUGAGACCUACACGGUUCAAGAAGUAAAAGUACAACCAAGGCUUAAAAGUGGGCUUGAUGCCAAAGAAAAUACCUAUUUGAAUGCUGCUUCUGCAGAAGGAAAUUACCCUUGGAAUAUAGAUGGAGA